AUGUUCUACGAGUCCCCUUUCCUUGCAACAGGUAUGUCGGAUUCGACCAACUCGGCGACGGAAAGGCCAAAACGCGACGCUGCAAAGAAGUUCCUCAACGGUGACGCUGCUGUGAAGACUGAGCCGAAGAAACCGGACGCGAGCCCCUCCUCCUCUCGACCAGCUAGGAAGGGCACGAAAGACACGAAGGAGAACAAAGAUUCCAAGGAUGGAGGUACGAGCAAGCGGACAGCGGAGAAGUCGUCGUCGGGAGCAAGCAGCUCGAACAACGCUGGGGAAGCUGAGAAGAAGAAGCGUAUGCAGGAAAACCUGCCCAAGAUCACCGUCGACAAGGGGAUUCGAAGAUUGGACGUUGCAGCGCUGAAGAAGGUGAUGGAGCCCCGGGGGGUUUGCGCGUGCGAUGGGGCUGGUGAUGUACAAAAGACACUUCGGGCUCAAGACUGGACCUACGAGCAACAACAAAGAAGACUUGCAGGCUGCGGUCAUCCGCCAUUUUGCCAACUUGAAACCCGAGGCUGGAAGGAUUGA